CCUCACCUUUAAAGGUAUUUAAAACUACAACCUUAAAUUAAUUCCUUAAAAUCAAUAUGUGUGCUAACGAUUACUCACGCUUUUUGGAAUUAUUUGAUCACAGAUUAAAGUCGUUUGAAAAUUGGAAAGGCGUUGUAUCUCCAAUAGACUUAGCUCUAGCUGGAUUCCACUACAUUGAUGAAGAAGAUGUUGUUAAAUGUUUUGAAUGUAAUAUUGAAAUUAAUAAAUGGAAGCCUGGUGAUGUUCCGAUUUUAGAUCAUUUAAAAUUUAGUCCCAAUUGUAGCUAUGCUAAAAUGAUGGAGUCUACAAAAAAAAUAAAUGAAGAAAAAUGUUCGUUUUUUCGAAUUAUUUUAUUGUCAUUCUUUUUACUAUCUGCUAUAGAUGCAUAUUUUUACACGUUUAUAGUUUUAUUAUUCAUUAUAACAAUAUACAAAACUCUGGAAAAAAUUAUCAUAUCUGGUUUAAUGACAUUUACUCUCAGUACUAAAAUUGGCUUGAAUAACCGGUCUGAUGUUAUUGAGACAGAUGAUGACCUUCAGAGACUGGUUUAAUACCAAUCACGACAAGUUGUAA